CACCAGGGCUAACUUAUGGCAUUGUUGUUACAACUGUAUCGCUGUAAUUUGUAGCGCGCAAUGAAGCAUUUCCCUUGAUUUUGCGGCAUCUUUACUCGCCUCGUUAGUGGCCAACAAACGACAGCAGACAUGACAACACCAGCCAUGACUCUGGGACCAUGCGAACUACGGACGAGAGCUCCAUAGCUGGCUCACUGGCUCACUGGCUGGUUGGCUGGAUGGCUGGCAACGUGACAACGUAUAGGACAUACCCUGAUUUAAUUGACAGGAACAUAAAUAUUAGCGAAUAUCUUGACAAAACUCGCCUUGGCUCUGCUUUCUUUGGGAUUCUCUCAGUGUGUGUGUUUGUGUUUGGCAUCUGGUCUGGUCCCUGGUUUGGUCUCGCUUGGGUAUCGUAUGUGACUGUUGCCAGGAUUUGCCGGCUGCUCCAGGAUGUCUCGGGUUGUGUCGGGAAUGUGCACCAGAGCUCUGGGUUCUGGCUCACAGUCCUGGUUGGCAUCCGGAUGCGCAGCUCGUUAAGCUGUCGCCCCAUGGACGUAGGACGAGCAGCAGAACCAAGCAAACCAAGACUCAGACUAGCACCAAAACCAAAGACAUACAGGGAUAACGACAAGUGGACACGUUUAUUGCGCUCAUCUUAACGCGCAUUUUACAACCGGGUGUUUUUAUUU